AAAUAUACUGGUUAUUCUUUAACUGUUUAUAGAGAGUUAAGAAGAAGUUACUCCAAUGACUUAUUUGUAGAGUGCUUUUGUUCCCAGUUGUCUACACCUGGACUUUCUAUUAAUGCGCCCUCCCCUUGUAUUUUAGACAGAGCUCGGAUAGAGAGUCCAGCCUUUUCUACUCUCAGGGGCUGUCUAACUGAUGGUCAGGAAGAACUCAUCCUCCUGCAAGAGAAAGUCAAGAAUGGGAAAAUGUCUAUGGAUGAAGCUCUGGAGAAAUUUAAACACUGGCAGAUGGCGAAAAGUGGCCUGGAAAUGAUUCAGCAGGAGAAGUUACGACAACUACGAGAUUGCAUUAUUGGAAAAAGGCCAGAAGAAGAAAAUGUCUAUAAUAAACUCACCAUUGUGCAUCAUCGAGGUGGUAAGGAAACUGCCCACAAUGAAAAUAUGUUUUAUAACAUACCCUUCAGCAAUAAGCUUCCUGCUCAGCCCCAAGUUGAAAAGGAAUUUGGUUUCUGUUGCAAGAAAGAUCAUUGAAGAAGGUUAUUAUAAUGAAACUCAAGAAUCUACGGACAUUUUGCUUUCAGGGUGAAGCAAGCUUGCAUUUGGAUUGCCUGCUCUCUUUAGAGCAAAUCCAUACUAUGAAAGCAGAAACAAACCUUCAGGUUUCAGAAUUUGUUAUUGGCAGAAUUUAUUGUCAUUAUACCUGCUUCAUAUGCGUAUAUUAAGAUUAAAACACAAUACCAUAGAAUAAUUGCAUUAUGUGAAAAUUCUUGCAUUUUACAAUGCACUUCACCACUGAAGCAGCUAAUUUCCAUUUUUAAAAUUAAAAGAAGACAGCACAGAGAAGUUAAAUGCUGUGUAGCAAAGUUAUGGGGUCUGCUUGAGGGCACUAACCUCAACAGAUUAUUCCUCCUUUCCUUAGAAUAACCAUGAAAAUAUAAAUUUACUGAGCACAUUUUUGCUUUUUAAGUAUCUGGUUCAUUUUCUGAAUUUCUCACAUUCAGAGUUCUGACAUCAUGUUUGCAGAAACUUGUCUUAUUUAGUGUCUAUUUGCAUGUAACCCUGAAAACAUUAUUAUUUGAAAACUUUUCUAUAUCUCGAAUUAAUACACAUUUUCACAACCUACCUUUGUAUUAAGACUUGCAAUUUUAUCAACCUAUUUCUUAGAAACAAUUUACUAGCUUAGAAUACAAUGCAAUUUUAUCAUACUAUAAUUUUCAUGUACAAAUGCCACAAAUAAAUUGAAUGUUUAAAGCUA